UAUGGUUGGAUUUUAAGCACUUUGGGUAUGAUUGCUAUUAUCUUUAUACAAGACUGUAGUGAAACAACGUGGUGCUGGCCUUUUAGGAUACUGCGUUUAUCUAAUUCGAAGUAAACAUGGCUGAUUCCGACUAUGGAGAAGGCAACUUUGAUUUUGUGGAGAAGGAGAUACGGCACGCCUUCAUCAAGAAAGUCUAUGCAAUACUGACUCUGCAACUGGCCGUCACAAUUGGAAUAAUGUGCAUAUUUAUCUUAGUUGACGAGGUCAAGGAAUACGCUCAGCAAAAUUACUGGAUAUUUUGGACUGCUUUUGCUCUGACCUUCGUCUUCAUCUUUGUUCUGGCAUGUACCCCUGAUCUGCGGAGACGCUCUCCGAUCAACAUCAUCUGUCUCAUGCUAUUUACGAUAUGUGAAGGAGUGUUACUUGGACUGACCUGUACCUACUAUGAUGGUACAGAAGUUCUCUUGGCCAUCGGCAUUACAGCCCUCAUCACACUUGCACUGACUCUGUUCGCAUUCCAAACAAAGAUUGAUUUCACGUUAAUGGCUGGUCUUCUGUACGUGCUGUUGAUCAGUCUUCUAAUGUUCGGAUUCUUUGCUGCGAUCUUCCGAUCUGACUUUCUGUACACAUUCUAUUGUGCAUUUGGAGCAUUUAUAUUCAGCGCGUACAUUGUAUUCGACACUCAACUUUUGCUCGGCGGCAAGCACCGGUAUUCCAUAUCACCAGAGGAAUACAUCUUUGCGGCACUCAACCUUUAUCUUGAUAUCAUCAACCUUUUCCUCCUUCUUCUUCGACUCUUUGGCAGUAGAUAAAUAAAUAAACAAAAAUCAUAUGAGUGGAAUUGAUAUUAAUCUUUGCAUCCAUAUUUGAUUAUGUUUAAUACAUCAGUCACACCAAGGAGCAGACAUGUACCGACAGUAGGCCGAAACAAAAUGACAUUACUUACUUAGAGUUUAUCGGUUUGGAGUCGGUUUAGCGGUGU